AUGGCGGCCAUGACGAGCACAUCAACACUAUAUUUUGACCCUGAUCUUCAUCCAGACGACACUUUACGUGCUUUUGACGAAUUUAUCCAGAGCUUCGAGCUCCGAUAUGAUGCACAAUAUCCUGAUCUCCUAAAACAUCUCUAGAUGCGGCUGUUGAACGAUGGAAACUCGCAAACGACGAUAAAAAGCCAACGCUUGAUGACUAUGACAACAUUCGCGACGAAUGGCGAUCAAAAGAUCGCGUGACAAAACUCCUCGGUAUAUUCUCAUCGAAACGAUUGUUUGCUGACUGGAAAGUCGCAGAACCGGAUGAUUCCAAAAGAGCUAAGGUGACGUGGAAAUAUUUCUUGACAACAAUGCAACAGCACUACAAACCAACAGAAAAUCUUACACUUAAAAACCACCAGUUCCGGUCUUUGGCACAGGCGCCCAUGAGUCAUUUCCGACAUUUUGCAAUCGCGUAUAUAAAGCAGCUCAACACUGCAAUUUCAAAUGCCACAAUGACGAUUGCACUGCCGAAGAUACAGCCAUACAUGACCAGAUUAUUAUUGGCACUGCACAUGACAAGAUCAGAGAGGAAGCCCUCAAAAAUUCAUGGGACCUCCAACAAUUACGCAAGGAAGGAAUGCGAAUUGAAAGUGCCACCAAAGGACUGGAAGAGCUCAACAAUGAAAAUCCAGUCAACAAAAAGGGUAAAUACUCCUUUAAAAACAUGAAGAAAAAACCUGAGGCUGGAAAGCCCCGGUCAUGUUACUACUGCGGACAAGACAUCAAGACAUCCGUUAUUGCUCACCUCAAAUCCUGCAGAGCACGAACCAGUAAAGGUAACUUCUGUGAUGCAAUUGGCCACUAUGAAACUGUAUGUAGGAAGAAGAAAGCAAUCAAUGAACUGAAAAACGACAGCGAACAAAAAGAACAUCAAAUCGAAGAUCAUGACCACAGCGGCGUCUACAGCAUCAACAUCUUCAGAAUAACCGAAACACCUCAGCAACAACCUCCUCAUAAGAGACGCAUGAAAACCAGAGAUUUCAACGCACAAGUCAUCAUCAACAAUAGCCUUGCAAAAGAGUUGGCUGACACAGGUGCAACUAUCAGCGUCUGUGGAAGAGAGCAAGCGCAAAAAUAG